AUGCACCGCUAGUAUCGCUCCAGUUGGGCACUUCGCUGAAGCCACAGCAUAUCAAACAUGGCGACGAUGUUUACUUUGAAUGCAAUAUACGAGCCAACCCACGGGAGCACAAAAUCUCCUGGUUUCAUAACGGCAACCCAGUGGUGCAGAACGUGUCAUCUGGCGUGAUAAUCAGCACCCACAGCCUGGUGUUGCAGGGAGUGACCAGACAGCACUCAGGCCAGUACACUUGUCUGGCAGCCAAUGAGCGUGGAGAGACGGCCAGUCAACCCGUGCCACUUCGGGUUCAAUUUGCACCGGUGUGCCUGACCGACGAGCCGGGUCUGGUGGGAGCAUCCUUGGAGGAGAUGCUGCGAGUGAGGUGCGAGGUGAGUGCCGACCCCACCGAUGUCAGCUUCUUCUGGCAGUUCAACAACAGUGGAGAGAGCUUCGAGGUGGCACCCACCAAAUAUGUCAGCAAUAAUGGUACAAUAAGUGAACUCAUGUAUACGCCUUCCACAGAAAGAGACUACGGCACUCUGGCCUGUUGGGGAAAGAAUGCAAUUGGUCGGCAGUUGGAGCCUUGUAUAUUUCAGGUGGUGCCAGCAGCCCGGCCGAGCGCACUGCGCAACUGCACGCUGCGGUCGACGGUGAACACGACCGGCGACUGGUUGGAGGUGGAGUGCGUCCCCGGCUUUGACGGAGGCCUGCCGCAGACCUUCCAGCUGGAGGCCAUUGACCCGGCCACACAGCGCAUGCGCAUGAACCUCACCAAUGCGGCGGCGCCUCUUUUCAAGGUCAGCCUGGGCGCGCUGAGUCCGGCCGCCACCCAGGGCGGCACUCUCCAGCUGGUGCUCUACGCCGCCAACCAGAAGGGUCAUAGCGAGUCGGUCGUCCUUGAGGACAUUGCCAUACGGGAUGCCGAGAAACGAACAGAAUGGGUAGGAAACGGAGGCAACAGCCUGAUAAUCGGUCCGUUGAACCUGUUGCUGUUGGGCGUGAUUCUGUCACUGCUGGCCGUCACUCUGCUAGCAGCUGUGGUGGCCGUGAAGCGACGCCGUGAUCCGACCGUGACGCGUCCGUGUCAGUCCCGUGACGGCGCCGGCACCGUAAACGGCGCCGGCAAGCAGCUAGAACUCACUACGCACGGCAACCAGCAGCGAUAUGUCGUAGCCUAUCAGCUCAAGCCUGAGACUAAACAGCCCGAUAUACUCAGUAGAGUUUCAGAUGAACCUCCAGAAAGAGAGGCACCAUCUUUAGUUUAUAGUGGGCCUGGCAUCACAGCAACAUUUAUGUCACCGUGUACGAGUCCGACAGGCAGCCUUGUUUCUGGUAGUAAUGGCGGCCUGCCGAUGCGGGGCGGGGCGGGGGGCUUGGUGGGCAACGGGGUGGGUCCAGUGGUGGGUAGUGUGGGACUGACACCAAGUGACAGUGGGGGCAUAACGGUCAGCAAUUCCAACAUGAACCUGAUGACCACUUCGGCCAAUGGCACGUUACGCGCCAAAGAGCACAUACUGACCAAUACAAUUCCAGGACCGGAGAGCUGUGUAUGAAAGGCCCCGCCCACCUAUAGUGAUAAACAAUUCUAGGCCUGUAAAGUAAUAAUAACUGAGUAACUGUAAAAAGUAUCGUAAUGUUUUGUAUGAACGCAAUCAAAACUGGAAAACUGUUGUAGAGAUUAGUAGAAUUGAUGGUGAUGUGAAAUCUCUCCAUAAUAAGAGAACAAAGAUAUAUUUUCCAAUUUUACUAUACUAUUUAUUAACAACUUAAGAUCAUCAGGAAUCCUCAGUACAGCUGAUGAUGCGUUGGUAAACGUACUGUUUUAAAGUUUUUAAUAAAUAAGUGAAAUUUGACAAUAUCUUUGUUUUCUUAUUGUUGUAGGGAUGUCACAGUUGAAGCUGUUCGGUACACUUGUUUUAUCAUUGGAUAAUCUUUUUCAAUAUAAUUAUUAAGAUUGUGA